GAACAGCACAUUCUCACACAUGCGUCGUUGUAUUGUAAGAGGUAUUUUGGUAAGGUUAUAUUGCAAAGAUGAACCAAGCUAACGUUGAAAAAUUAGUGAACAAAUUGAGAUUCAAUGUCAAACCGAAUCCACGACGGAUGAGAAAUAUUGACGGUCCGGAGGGACGGCUUCGCAAAAUUCAAAAAACAUUAACAGCGUUAAUUAAGUACGAGCGAAUCGAGUUGAAUUACAACAGGGCUGACGAAACCAGAGGUUAUGUAGAACAGUUGAUACAUGAGGCAAUACGCAAUGGGCCUACACAUAAAGAAACAAUGGAUAUGGCCAAUUUCUGGAUAGCUGAGAAACAAUUGGUGCACAAAUUGUUUAAAGUUCUUGUACCAAGAUAUCAAGACUAUACAAUUUCAUUUACAAAACUUCAUAAAGCACCAAAGAAUUAUCCUGGCAGUCCGUAUGAAAGAGCAGUUUUAGAAUUUAAAGGUAACAUAUAUCCAAGCUUAGAACAAUAUAAUCCACACGAACGAAAUUUACUUCACAAUUUACUUCUUAAUGCAGCAAAGAAGGAAUAUCGAAUGGAGAAAUAUCAAGAAGUUGCAGAAAAUAUAAAAUAAGAGUUGAAUACAAGAGGAGGCUUUAAGUAACACACUUGUAUACAGUACCUUAG